AUGGAGACGCCUGUCCCUCAGAAAGUCCCGGAGCCCCCAACAAGCUUUGAAGAAUUCUUAAAGUCUCAGAACUGGGAUUAUUGGCCCAGGGAUGUUCAUUUUAGAGAUACUGAUAUAUGGGAAGACACUCAGAAAAAAAUAGAAGAGGCUCUUUCAUAUUCUUAUAUCUAUUCUUAUCUGUGGACCAACGUUCCUCGACUAUAUGAAAUCGUCGACAGCUUGGAGUCAAAAUUAAAGGAAUGCUCACAUCUUUUGCAACACCAUGCCUCCAGAUUAUUUGAAAGUGACAAAAUGAUUUCCAAGAAAAGGUCAUAUACAAACCUGGAACGCUACAAGGCAUUUAUAAAAGAACACUAUAGGCAAAAGAAGAUAGCGCUUUCAGAUCAAAUGGAGACAGAGAAGAAUAUAGAGGGUUGCACCUGUAUAUUCAAACAAAAUGAGCUGACACAGUUACCCAGACAUUUGGAUGCUAAACAAAUUUAUCUUUAUGUUUUAAGAACCCAUAACUUUGAGGAAAAGGUAUUUAAAGUCUGGAAAACCUACAUUCUCUCAGACUGCUCCAUUGCUCUUUUGCAUGAUGCCUUUUGGUGGUGGUUUCUACAUAAAUUCAAGCCUGACAAAAGAGAUGAAGAUAGCUUAUUUGACAGAAUCGCAGAGAAUUAUGUCACACUUUUCAUAAAAAUACCUCUAAGGAGAAAGGAUGCAUUCUUUCAGAUGUAUCCUGACUGCUUGACUCAAGCUAUCUACACAACCUUCCAGGAAUCAUUUCCAGAAUCCAGCAGCCUCUUCAAUGAUAACUUCAAAGAAGACCUAGGAAAUACUAUUUUCCUUUGGUUGUCAGGUCUAAAACCUGAAACUGGCUUUUGGACUCAUUGGAAACUGCAAGACCUCUGCACGACCACCAUCCACGGCAGCAGGCGCAUGCCUGUGAAGCUGAGGAGGAGGAUCAUUUCCGGCCAGGAGCACAUGCCAGGCAUUGCAGACUUGAAAAUCGAGGAUAUUCUAAAGAACCCACGGGCGCACACAAUGCCUACACUCAAGGAAGAGUCGACAGCAUCCAGAGUAACAACCAAGUCCCACUAUAGGAGCUUGGGUCCAGAGUUUUACAAAGUUCUCUUUGACUUUGGAGGUCAGAGCCCACUGAUUCUGUACUAUCUUAAGAUGCACGAAAUAGGUGGUAUUUCUGUCACUCACAAUCUGAAGGGAAGCAAGUUCACCAAGAUACUCCGAGAGCCACCGCCUGCUCCAACAUACUGUGACAUCAUCAAAGAUGCCAAAAAAAGAUUUGCAGAUAACAAGAAGGAUUUUAAGAGAGUAAAGCAAAGAAUCAAAGAUGAUAUCAAGUUCUUGAAAGAGCAACAGGAAGAAAUCGACAGGGAGCUUGACCGGAUCCAAGCAAAGGCUUCAAAAAAUCUCCAAGAAGUCAAAAAUGAUUUUGAGAAUUUUCUACAUAAACAACGUGUUGAGGCGAAACUAAAGGAGGAAUAUGGAGGAUCGACAUCACCAUCAGAGUCGCCACAAUCGCCACAGUCACCGCAUUCAUUGUUGUCAUUCCCUACUAUGUCAGAAGACUUCAACUAUAUGGAAGUGCUAAGGGAAGCCAGCAGGGACCACCAUUCAAGAACAACACACAGCAGCUCCAUCAGUUUAAUUGGAGAAGAGUGUUCAAUUAAAAGUACAUUUUACUGUUCAUCUUUGAAAUCUUCACAUCAAUAA